AUGGCCCAGACGGACCAGGAUGAUGCACAGUGGCUGCAUGAUGUCCUGCUGGAAGUCCAGCUGGAAAAGUUCUUCACCAGAAUCAAGGAUGAACUGCAGGUCACGCGCAUGUCGCACUUCGACUACGUGCGUCCGGAGGACCUGGAGAAGAUCGGGCUGGGCAAGCCGGCGGACCUGACGCUGCACGAGCGGCUGGGCGACGGCUCGUUCGGUGUGGUGCGCCGCGGCUCGUGGAGCGACCACGCCGGACGCUCUCUCUCGGUCGCCGUCAAGGUGCUCAAGCAGGAGUCGCUCAACCAGCCGGGCGUGUUCGAGGACUUUGUCAAGGAGGUGGAGGCCAUGCACCAGCUGAGCCAUCAUAAUCUCAUCACCCUGUACGGCAUCGUGUUGGGUCAGCCGAUGAUGAUGGUGACCGAGCUCGCCCCGCUCGGCAAUCUGCAAGACUACCUCAGGAAGCAGAUCUGCAGGAUAUCGCUCCUUGCGCUGUCGGACUACGCCCGCCAGGUAGCCGCCGGCAUGGCGUACCUGGAGUCGCGCCGCUUCGUGCACCGGGACCUAGCGUGUCGCAACGUGCUGCUGGCCCUGAAGAUCGGCGACUUCGGGCUGAUGCGGGCCAUCCCACUACAGGAGGACUGCUACGUAAUGACGGAGCAGAAGAAGGUGCCGUUCCCCUGGUGCGCCCCGGAGAGUCUGAAGACGCGGCAGUUCAGCCACGCUUCCGACGUGUGGAUGUUCGGCGUAACGCUGUGGGAGAUGAUGACGUUCGGAGAAGAGCCGUGGGUCGGCCUGAACGGCGCGCAGAUACUGCAGAAGAUCGACUCGGAGGGUGUGAGACUGCGGCAGCCGGAUGCCUGCUCGGACCAGCUCUAUCAGCUCAUGCUGCAGUGCUGGUCACACAGGCCGGCGGACCGUCCCAACUUCGCCGCCCUCUCCGACUUCCUGCUGGAGACGCGGCCGGUGGCCAUGCGGGCCACGCGCGACUUCUCGGAGGAUGGCAAGCUGCAGGUGCAGGCCGGUGACCAGAUCAUCAUCAUCGACGGAAAGGCGGAAAACUUCUGGUGGAAGGCGCAGUCGGAGGCGAGCUGGGAGAUCGGCUUCCUGCCGCGACAGGCGGUGGAGCCGCUUCGACGCCGCAACCAGGAGGACAUCAGCCAGCCACUCCACAACUCAUUCAUACACACAGGCCACGGCUCGCCGAUGGGACAGACCUGGGGCAGCCCGGCCUUCAUCGACGAGGUGUACCUGAAGAACCCGCUGGAGCCGCCCGACCUGCGAGACGAGCGCGUGUCGCGCGCCAGACUGGUGCGCCCCUCCGAGUCCAGCCUGGCCAAGAGCAAGCGCCAGCACAAGCAGUACAACUACAGCCAGUUCAGCGACGACUGGUCGCCGGAGGAGUGGCAGCACGAGCGAGUCAGCCCGACGCCGUCCACAGCUUGA